AUGUCUGGCCAUGAGGACAUUGACGACGUUCGGCGCCACCACGCGCCCUAUGGCGCCAGGCACCCCAUACCCACCAUCUCCAAGUACCGCGAGGAGAAGGCAGCUCGCCAGGAUGCGGCGAUGAAGGCGGAUGAUGACGAGCAGGGCGUGACGGAUACGACGGCUGCGCUUGGAUCAGGGCAGCUGAGCAACAAGGACAACGAGCAGCAAGAAACCCAACAGCAGCAUCACGAUGGUGAUGAGCAGCAGCAGCAACAAGACGACACACCCAAAGACACAUCCGAGAUUGACCCAGGGGCCGCAGACCCGAGGCAGCGCAUGAAGGAAAUCAAGUCCAGCAAAAAGGGCAAGGAUGGAAACAAGAAAGAGAGAGCAGAGCGUGAGGUCACGGAUCCGGUGACCCAUUUGCCCAUUACCAUCCAUGACUUCACCGACCAGGCGCUUGAAAACGUGGACAUGGACAAGUCGUAUCCACAGUCAGAUGGUAUCCAGCACACGACGUCUGGGCUCAGCGAGAAGGCCAAGGGGGAGAAGCUCUCCAAAGACAAGACCAGACUACAGCAGGACCAUGGAGAGCUCGUGCAUCGUUUCCCGCCACCCGACUUUGAUGCCCUGCGACAGGAGAUGAGCACCAUUGCCAACAAGGGUAUUACUUUCGGCCUGAUUGGGUUGGCUGUCAUUACUUUCAGCGGUGUCGUGUUCAGCAAAUUCAUUCACCAAAAAGAUGGUUCCCUGUCGAGCGCGGGCAAGGUCACCUGGUUCUCGCUGAUGACGGUGGGCAUUGGGGGCGCGGCGGUUCUCACGCUCGCCGUUCGUGACUGGAUCUCUAGGCGCAUCAGCAACGUUUUCGAGGACGAAGUCUGGGAGGCGCAGCGCGAGCUCGUCAACUCGGACGCUCGCAAGCACGAGACGGAAACAACCGUCUGGCUCAACUCUCUUUUGGGAUCGGUCUGGCCCAUGAUCAACCCUGAUCUGUUUGCCUCGCUCGGCGACACCCUCGAGGAUGUUAUGCAGGCAUCGCUGCCCAAGCUCGUCCGCAUGGUGAGCGUCGAUGAUAUCGGGCAAGGUAGCGAGGCGAUCCGCAUCCUCGGCGUCCGCUGGCUGCCCCGUGGUGCCGCGACCGAUUCCGUCACCCAAGACGGCGGGUUGACAUCCGAGCAGCAGACCGAUCAGGGCAAAGAUGGCGAGAAGGAUGACAACACGGACGGCGAGGGCCAUGAGAUCCAGGAGGGCAUGGAGGCUGAGGACGGCGAGUUCAUCAACCUCGAGGUGGCCUUUGCGUAUCGAUCCCGCUCCAGCUCCGACUCCAUGAGAUCACGCACCAAGGACAUACAUCUCUGCCUCGCCUUCUACAUGCCCGGCAACCUCAAGCUCCCCGUCUGGGUGGACCUCCGCGGCAUCAUCGGCACCGUCCGCCUGAGGCUACAGCUGACCCCUGACCCGCCGUUCUUUGAACUAUGCACCCUCACAUUCCUCGGCCAGCCCAAGGUCGACCUCAGCUGCACCCCACUGACGAAGCAUGGCCUGAACAUCAUGGACGUCCCCUUUAUCAGCAAUUUCGUGCAGGCCUCCAUCGAUGCAGCAAUGUCGCAGUACGUGGCGCCCAAGAGCUUGGUCCUCAACCUGAAGGACAUGCUGGCAGGAGAGGACUACAAGAAGGACACGACUGCCAAGGGCAUCUUGAUGAUCCGGAUUGUCCGAGGCUACGACUUCAAGAUGGCCGACACUGGUAUUCCCCUGGUCAAGGACGGGUCUUCCGACCCGUACGUCUCUGUCGGCUGGGCCAAGUUUGGCAAGGUCCUCUGGAGCACACGCAUCCUCAUCUCCGAGAUGGAGCCCCACUGGGACGAGCACUGCUUUGUGCUCGUGACGGACGAGGAACUCAAUGUCGACGAGCGUAUCCGCAUCCAGCUCUGGGACUCUGACCGCGUGAGCGCGGACGAUGACCUGGGCCGCAUCGAAGUGGACGUUAAGGAGAUUAUGAAGAACAAGGAGUCCAACGGCCGUAUGCAGAAGCGCACGGAAGGGUUCAGGGCGCUCAAGCCCGGCGAUGGUAUGCCAGGCAAGCUGGAGUGGGAGGUUGGGUACUUUUCCAAGACGAGGCUGCAGAAGUGCCAGUACGAGCACCAGAGCUACGAUCCCGAGAUCCGCAGCCUCGACGACCUGAAGAGCAAGGUCAACGCCAGCUGUGAGAAGAAGCUGCGGGAGGCGAUGAUCAAGGACGGCAAGGGCGACAAGGACGAGGACAAGAGCGAGCUGGACCAGCUCAAGGAGCAAGAGUUCAAGGCCACGGAAGAUGCCAUGAUCAUCUCUGCGCCCCCGCCCGAGGGCUACCCCAGCGGCGUCUUCAGUCUGCAGAUCCACAACAUCAUGGGUCUCGAGCUGGGCCGGCUUAGCAAGGACAAGUCGGACAAGGCUAGCGACGGGACAGACGACGAGGAGACGGGCGAGAGCCUGCCGAGUGCGUACUGCACCAUCAUCAUCAACCACCGCAAAGUGUACAAGACGCGCACCAAGCCGCAGAACUCCAAGCCCUUUUUCAACGCGGGCACGGAGCGCUUCGUAGGCGACUGGCGCGAGUGCGAGGCGUACGUGUCGGUACGCGACUCGCGCGUGGACGAGGACGACGCCCUGCUGGGCAUUGUGCACCUCCCGCUGUACGAGAUCUUCCGGGAGAAGUCGCAGCUGAUGGGCACGUGGCCCCUUGCCGGCGGCAUCGGGCACGGCAAGAUCCGCCUGUCCAUGGUCUGGCGCAGCGUGCAGCUCCAGGCACCGCCCAACCUCCUGGGAUGGGACUGCGGCACGGUCGAGGUGCAGCACAUUGCGCGCUUCACGGGCCUCGACGAGACGCUGCAGCAUGCGCGCCUUAAGUUCAAGACAAACCUCGACAAGGGCAAGAUGUACGCCAACAGGGAGGAGAAGAAUUGGCACACAAAGAGGGACCAGAGCCUCCGACUGGCCGUGCACAGGCGGUACGCGAGCUGCAUGUCCAUCUCGUUCAAGACCAAGGGGGCGUUCAAGGACGACACGGUGGCGUUCUGUGUGCUGUGGCUCAAGGACCUGCCAGACGAGGAGCAGCAGGAGCUGGAGCUACCCGUCUGGAAGGGCGAUUUCAAGCGCGCCACGGCGAACUGCGUCGACGAGCCCGGCGAGCGCCUGGGCACGGUGACGUUGACCGUGACGUUCUGGGCUGGCCUCGGCGGCGCGCACUCGGGCUGGGCGAACAAGGACCCCAACCUGCGGGAUGUGGUGGAAGUCAUCAACGUGGCGCAGGACAACCACGAUUUCGACAAGAUGGAGCGCAAGGCGGGCAUUGUGGACGAGGAGGUCUCGUCCGACAGCGACUCGUCUGAUGAGGAGGGCGACGUGCCCGACGGCAGUGCCGGGCAGAAGCAGGGUCCCAUCGACCAGGCCAAGGACUAUAAGAGGCGAGAGCAAGGGCUACAUCGCCAGCACAGAGGCCUCAUGCAGUGGAAGAUUCCGCGCACAGCCAAGUGGGUGAAGCACAAGGCGGAGAGCGUGGGCGACAAGGUGGAGGGCGUCUUUGAUCGCAAGACGGGCCAGACGGGGAUUGAGACGGAGGUUUGA